AUGGCGCCGUUGCCAUGGCACUGUUGCCAGGGAACCAUUGCCAGGGAGCCGCCUCCAUCAGUCACCAGGGCCGGCGGCAGCGGGGCCCCAUCGCUCCGAGCCCYGGAGAACGGGCGGGAUGGGGCUGUUGGAGAGCGUGCCUGUCCUGGGGUAUUGGGCAGGACAGGGGUCAAGGGGUGCCCGGAGGAGCCGUGCAGGCUCCAGGGAAGUGAGGAGGAAACAGCCGRUGGAAGGGAAGGGUUGACCCUUCGUGUGCCAUGGCGUCUGGGUUGGUGUUUGGGCACUGUCGCGGUCACCUGCCGCUGGAGCCACCCCUCACUGCUGCUCUCUGAUCUCUGCAGGGUCGUGGAGGCCAGCACCCUUCAGCAGGAGAGGCUGCAGGCCAUCGCGGAGAAGCGGAAGCGUCAGACGGAGAUCGAGAACAAAAGGCGGCAGCUCGAGGAUGACAGGCGGCAGCUGCAGCAUCUCAAGUCCAAGGCUCUGCGGGAGAGAUGGCUCCUGGAGGGGGCUCCGGCUUCUGCCUCCGAGGAGGAAGAGGCCAUGAAGAAACAGAUGCAGGAGGAUGAGGUGAAGACCAAGGAGCUGGAGGARUCCAUCCAGAGGCUGGAGAAGGAGCUGGAGACGCUGGAGAACAGCACCUCCGUGGCUUCCACCAAGGAGAACCUGGCAGAGGCGGCCAAGGAGGAGAAGGCUGAGGCCGUCCCCAACGUGAAGAAGAGUCCCCUGGGCACAGUAAAGGGCGCUCGUGUCUCCUCUCCACCUCCAGCCGACAAGAGGCUCUCCAGCAGCCCCAUGAAGGCAGUGGAAGGCACUGACAUGAUGAAGGCGGCCAUGUACUCGGUGGAGAUCACAGUGGAAAAGGACAGAGUGACUGGGGAGACCAAGGUCCUGUCCAGCACCACCAUGCUCCCCCAGAACCACUGUCUGCAGGGGGUCAAAGUGUACGAGGAUGAGACCAAAGUGGUACACGCGGUGACCGCCGAGGACGGAGCCCUGCAGAAYGGAGCCCACCCGCUCAGCUCCUCCGAGGUGGACGAGCUCCUSCACAAGGCGGACGAGGCGAGCGAAGGCGCCGGGCGUCAGACCCCGGCCAAGGCUGGCCCGGGCAGCCAGAAACCSACACCGCGCCGGGAGAUCACCGGGCUUCAGGCAAAGCCGCGGGACAGCGGCACGGCGGCCACGGGCGACGGGACGGAGCAGCCCGUCACCAUGAUCUUCAUGGGCUACCAGAACGUGGAGGAUGAGAACGAGACCAAGAAGGUGCUGGGGCUGGAGGGCACCAUCAAGGCGGAGCUGGUGGUGAUCGAGGACGCCGAGAGCAAGCCGGAGCCGGCGCACAAGGACCACACGCCGCCCAACGGCACGGCGCUGGAGCCGGCGGCCGCGCAGCCGCUGGGCGAGGAGGGCGCGGGCGGGCAGAAGCCCGGCGCCAACGCCACGGACGCCAAGGAGGCCGAGCAGGAGACAGACGCGAAGAAGCAGCGCUGCAAGUGCUGCACGAACCGGGGAGAUCCAACAUGGUGCCAAGGGGGCUGCGGCGGGCCCCGUCCGCCCCACACCGGCCCCGCGCCGCCCCCCAACCAGCGCUGCCUGUGGUAUUUAUUAGUGACCCCCCUCGUCCCCGCCUGCCGCCGACACCGGGGCCGCUCCCUCCGGCACCGGCACCGCCACCGUCACCGCCAUCGCCAUCGCCUCGCCCGCCGCCGGAGGACGGAGCCGCCGGGCAGGGGAUCGGAGGACGACACUGUGUCCGUAGAUGACUCCCCGGGAGCCGGCAGCCGGACUCCGAGGGUGACCUCGAAGCUGAGCAGUGGCCCCUGUUUGGGACAAGGCUGGCACAGGGGUGACCCGUCCCAGGAGAUGGACAGAGUCACCAGGCACUUGGUGUUCCAGCUGCCACAGGCCUCGCACCGGCACGACUCGCUGGCAGAGCUGAGGGCCAGCAGUGACGAUGACCUGUUUGGCUCCACUCAACGCAGCCCCCAGAGAGUGGAGAAUGGCUACAGCUGGAAGAGGAGAUCCCAGUCACCCUCGUAUUUCCUGGAGGGUGGAAGAGAUGUCUGGACCCCGUCCCUGGACAGGGAGUCCAAGCUAGAGGUGGUGAGAUCAGGAAGCCUGUACGACCUCCGGGCUUACAGGGGAGAGAGGAAGCCCUCAAAGCUCUAUGAUGAUGAGGAGCAAGACCUGUACAGGGUCCCUCCACCCAACAUCUCACCCCAGAAAGCCAGGGAGCUCGAAGAYGAGAGGAAAGAAGUCAUCCGGAGCCAGGUGAUGAGGAAGAGCUCCACCAUCGCGGAGAGGUGGAGCUCUGUGGAUGAGCUGAGCUCCAUCAGCCCCGGCRUGGGCAGCCAGGGUGACAGCAGGCACUCAGGCAGUGUCCCCACCAGCUUUGCCAUCUGCUUUGACAAGCCUUCCCCAGGCAGGGCUGUGACACCCGUUGACCCUGAGAACAUCGACACRGAGCAGAUCAACUUCUCUGCGGCUCGGCAGCAGUUCCUGAUGCUGGAAAAGAGCAGCCCGGGCUCAUUUUUCAGCCCAGGGCAGCAGGCCAUGUCCCCAAGGCCAGAAUCAGUGACAAAAAUCUCCAGGGAAGAAUGGUACAGCCCUGAGAUGGCCACAAAAGCCACGAGAGGCUACAGCAGUGCUGGGGCAUCGAGCCAGAGCAGGACAGACAAGGUUUACCAGGUUUAUGGUGUGUCCUCAUACAAGACACCUGAGAAAGAGGAGGUUUAUCCUCCCAGAAAGGCUCACACAGAAAGGUCGUAUCCCAUCGGGAAGACGUCCAUCCUGACCAAAGCRUGGUCCAGAGAAGACCUGGACUCUGGUUUGGGUGAGAUGUACAACGAAGGCACUGCAGGCUACGCCAGCGAUGGAAGCACCUCCAACGAGACCUUCCAUGUGGAUCUGAGRGCUGGCAGCAACGGGCUGAGAGAGAGGGAGAAGGAGACGAGGGUCAGCAACGAGACACCCAUCGAGAGGGAGAUCCGCAUGGCCAUGGAGAGGGAGGAGAACCUCUGGAAGGAGAGGGGGAUCCAGCGGCUGACUUCCAGCAGCGAGCUGGUGGAGAUCCAGACCAAGCCUGUCUUCAACAUUCACACAUCUCCCGGGCCAGGCAGGAAAGGGAAGGACAAAGGCCGCGCUUCCCUUUACGUCCAGAGGGAAAUCGAGCAGGAAACSAAGCGAGAGGAAGAUCUGAAGAGGCAGGGGAGGCUGCUGGGGGCKUACGACAGGGGGACGCAGCAGGAGCUGGAUGAGCGCAGGAGGGUGUUCGAGCAGGAGGAAGCCCCCCAGCAGAAACCCACUCCCCUGAAGCGGGCAGAGCAGAGGAGGAGCUGGCUUAAAGAGUUUGUGGUGGAGCAGCCCUCAAGCCCCAGCCCUGCGGAAGACACCGCCAGGGGUGGGAAAAGYGUUCCCAGCUACACAGCGAGCAUCGCGCACUUCCAGCUGUCCCAGCCGCGCUUCGCCGCCAGCGAGAGGAGCCGGGAGCAGCCCUGGGUGUCCCGGCACGCUUCCGCCAGCUCCAGCAAAUGGGGGAGCGAGGAUUCCUGCGGAGGAAAACUUCCCGGCUCCACCCCGAGCCCCGCCAGCACCGCUGUCCUGCCCAGAGAGUAUUUCUCCCUCUCCUUCUGGAAGCCCAAGGUGUCCUUCGUGGACGAGCACAUGGGGACRCAGCAGAGCCCGCUGUGGAGGGAGGGUGGCCGGGAGGAGCAGUACCGCCUGCGGACGUGGAAGCCGCAGACAUCGGCGCUGAUCGAGGAGGAGAUCAGGAGUGAYCUGCAGAGGGAAGAGGAGCUGCAGGAGCAGCGGCGGCGGCUGCGGCUGGUGGACACCAACGGCGAUGGCGUUGCCCAGGAGGGCUCCCGCUCUCGGCACAGCUCUGCUGCCUCAGGUGCCAGCGGCAACUACUCGGUGUCCGGCUCUCCUGCCUCCUCUCCUGCCUCACACCAGACAGGGAUCCUGACGCUGAUAUCAUCCUUCACCCCACUGAGAGUGACCAGCUCCUCCCCGGGCAGCGCAGACACCCUCACCCCCGACUCAUCGCGUUCCAGCCCCUUUGAGGAGCGCAGGAGGAGGGUGAAGGAGGACGGAAAGUACGCAGGCAUUGAACCCGUUGACAAGGUCAACACAGAGGUGGUGGAAAGCACCCGAGUGUUUCGGCACAAGAGCGUCAUGGCCCAGCGCUGGGAGGCCGGGCAGUACGUGCGGGAUGAGGACUGAGGGACCCCUGCCUCGGGGGCUCRCCCCGUUCAGGAUCAGCUCAUGUGUGACCUAAAUACUCGAUCAGUUCCACCCUUGGCCRUCGCAACAAUCGGAGACGUGUACUCUGCAAAUCAGUCUGGUUUAUUGUUAAACUGAUAAUCCUUCCAUGCAAUAGAUCUGCUCCUUCCUCCUCCUCCUCCCUGUGGGGUGGAGGAACACUUUUUUUUUUCUUAAGACGGGGAAAAAUUGGAUCAGUAUCUUUUUAAUCACUUCCGCCUGGAGCCAGCCAGGUGAAAUCACCCGGUAAUUCACUUUGCCCCUUGGGAGCUGUGUCUCAGGCUUACAAAAAAGCUGUUUUAUUUCUCAGUGGUUUUAGGUUUUUAAGUACCACGAGGCUGARCAUUGCCCUGGGGGUACCUGGACCGAAGCCUCUGGAUAAGCGUUGCCAUGGGACUUGGGAAUCAACAUUGGUUUAACUCCUGUGAUCCACGGAGAUGCAGCAAUGGAAUAUAAAUAUAUAUAUAUAUAUAAAUGCUGUUUAUUUUGCUAAUUUAUUAAAGAGUUGUUGCUUUC